UGGGGUGCAGGGUUGGGUUUCAACCCCAUGGAUGUCGAGUGUCUGCGCUCACCGCAGCACAUACAACGAACGAGCCGCUGACUUACAUCAUCCCUGAUGCUCGAUCAAUCACAGCACGCACUGCCUACCUGCCCCACGUAAAAUCCUGUAUGUGCUGCAUGCAUCGCGCACCACGCACACAACGCUGCGACGUCUACGACCCUGUAAAACUCCCAGGGCCGCAGAUGUCGCUGCGCCGCUUGCGUCGUGCGUGAUGCCGCACAGAAGGAGAAAACAACCAAAGCGUGCAACAACAGAGAGAGGGGCAUUCAACAGCAUUCAUUGAGACUCGCCCCCGCAGCAUUCAUUGUGCGCUAGCUGACAUAUCCUGCAUUAUCAGGAAGUCGGCUGUGGCUUGAUCCCCACAAGCUUGCUGCACACAACAGACAGACAGACAGACAGACAGACAGACACCGUGGACACACACACGAACGCCAUAAAUCAAUCACCGAGCGCCCCUCCCUCCCCUCCCCUGCUCUGCUCUGCUCUGCGUGCCUUGAUGUAGACAUCUAUCUCACUCACCCGAGGAAUGUGGCGGCUUUCUGUGUGGUGGUUGGCUCGGGUGCCUUCCACGUGAGCUUCUUGUACAGCCCCUCAGUGAAGUGGUGGCACUUGGACUCAUCACGAUGCUCCGUCAUGCAGUCCAUCCCAGACAACAACUCGCUUCGAAACUCCUUCACACACGCACACACACACACACGAGAUGAAGCGGGAGCGGCAGCCAGUGCAUAUCAUAUGUCUGUCCAUCCCUCCCCCCGCCGUCAUCUCAUCGGUAUGUGUUCUCAAUCGGGGCCUGCCUGCCUGCCUGCGUGUGACUUGGCUUGACUUGCCUUGUAGAGAGGGUGUUGUGGCGUGAUGUAUGUGUCGACUGGGAGGCCGGUGCACUGGCUGUGUGGGCUGCCCAUCCCGCGGCACAGCAUGUAGGCCCUGUCGUAGUGCUCGGGGUCAUGCUUCAUCGCAGACGUCAUAGUGUACUCGGGAGAGGCCGCAGACUCCAGCCGACGCGACGCCAAAAAGACCUGCAGGCAGGCAGGCAACACACACAGAGCAGGCAGCAUCGGUGGGUGCGGAGGUGCACCCAUCUCGUCUGUCUGCCCACCAGCGUCUCGGGAUCUGUCGGAGUGGCCUGCACACCACACACACACAAGGAGGAAUUCUCAACAGAAAAUCUUCACUGCGCCGAGUCCGUGAGGUUACCAUUGCGCUUUCUUGCCGC